AUGAAAAUCACUCGAGUUUUUCCUUAAAAUAUACCAGGGAUCCAACUACUAAACUCAAAUAACUAGACCUCAACAUCUAAAUCCCUCAAAACCAACAAUCUGGUCGACUUAUCAUUUGAAAAUAUAGAGUAUUCGGUCAGAGUCAUGGACCCAAAAAGCUAACAAAGAGGUAUUGUGAUAACCUAAUCUUAAGAAAACAAACCAAUUCUAAAAGGAUUGACUGGUAUCUGUCCAGGAGGAUAGGUUACUGCCAUCUUAGGAAGUUCAGGAGCUGGCAAAACAACUCUCUUAAAUAUUCUAGCUUGUAGAGUUCCAAAAAAUAGUGAAUCUUAAUUAAGAGGAAGAGUAUUAGCCAAUCAUCAAGAAUACGAUUAUGAGAAAUUCUGUUUAUUCGCCUCUUACAUUAUGCAAAAUGAUAUUCUAAUGGAAACCAUGACUCCAAAGGAAGCUUUUACAUUUGCAGCUAGCAUGAAAUUUUCAGAUCCCACAACUCAAAUGCAGAGAGUUACAGAAACUCUAAAAAGUAUGAAAUUAGAGAAAUGUUAAAAUGCAUUAAUUGGAGGAAUUACAUUCAAAGGUAUAUCCGGAGGUGAGAGAAAGAGAACAUCAAUAGGCUAUGAACUAGUAUCUAAUCCUGCAUGUAUCUUGUUGGAUGAGCCUACGUCUGGAUUAGAUUCAUUCACUGCAUUUGCUAUAAUCAAUGAAUUAAAGCAAUUAGCAAGUUAGUAGGAUCGAACUGUUAUUUUCACCAUCCACUCCCCCAGUACAGACAUAUUCUAAUUGUUCGAUAGAAUAAUGCUUCUAGUUGGGGGUAAAUUUAUUUAUCAAGGCCAAAAAAGCAAUAUUAUUGAUCAUUUUUAAAAUUUGGGAUUUACUUGUCCUCAAUCCUCUAAUCCGAUGGAUUAUUACUUAAGUUUGAUGUAAGUAGAAAACUUGGAAAACUAAAAGCACUUCAAUAAGAUGUUCUAAUAUUAUGAUCAAAAUUGUCAUCCGAAUGUAAUGUAGUAAAUAACCAAUGGCGAUAAUCUGUUGUUGCCUUUAAAAGUGAUAGAAAUCACUUAGAUUUAACAAAUAAAAUAAAUUGCAAAUAGAAAUCUCUUGGCUUUUACAAGAGAUCCUCUAUAAUUUUAUAUCAGAAUAUUUUAAACAAUCGUCCAAGGGUUGUUACUUGGAGGAGUAUUUUGGAAGGUUGCUGAUAAUGAAGGUUCUGUGUCUGAUUUAAUGGGAAUAUCUGGAUCUCUCUUCUUUUGUGUGUUCAAUCUUGUAAUCUCUGCAGUUUUGGCUAUCAUACUAACAUUUCCAGUGGAGAGGGAAAUAUUCUUAAGAGAGGAGAGUUCUAAAUUAUACUCGAUUUCCUCCUACUUUAUAGGCAAGCAAAUACUUGAAAUUCCCUUAUGCAUAGUGCUUCCUAUUUUACAAGAACUUAUAUCCUAUUGGAUGUGCGGAUAUCACAAUACAACUGAAGCAGUGAUUAUGCACUUGUUUGUAUCAAUCCUCAUAUACAAUUGGGCUAGUGGCUUAGGAAUGUUGAUUGGCUGUAUAUUUAGUGAUUUGAAAGCCAUUCUUGGAAUUGCCCCUUAUACUCUACUACCUUAUGUGUUAUUCUCUGGCUUUUUCGCAAACCCUAAAUUCUUCUAUUCAUGGACCAGAUGGAUCCAAUACACAAGUCCAAUUACAUAUUCAUUUGAAGUUCUGUCCAGAGUAGAAUUUAAAGAUUAAUUAUAUGAAGUCGAUCCAAUCGACCUGUACGAUUUUAAGUUUGGCACUUGGACUUGCAUCUAUGUCUUGAUAGGGUUCAUAUUCCUAUUUAGAAUAUUUGCAUUUAUGGCGUUGUACAUUCUAAAAUCAAAACUCUAGUGA